GUAGCUGCUGUCAUGGCGGUGUUGGAAACAGCUCUGUUCGCUCUGCUCUUUAUAUCUUUCUUCUUUCUUUUACGUUUAUAUGUAACGCUGACCUCUGGACCAAACACCAAGCCGGGGGUGAAGGGAAAUGUUUCUGUCUUGGUUGUCGCCGGAUCUGGGGGCCACACGUCAGAGAUCUUGCGGCUGGUGGAGAGUCUGACCGCUGCCUACAGUCCUCGUCACUAUGUCAUAGCUGACACGGACAUGAUGAGUGAGGAGAAGAUCAACUCUUUUGAGAACACGAAGCAGAAGCCUGAUUCUACUUCUCAGUUCACCAUCUACCGGAUCCCCCGCAGCCGCGAGGUGCACCAGUCCUGGACGUCUUCAGUGUGGAGCACUCUGAACGCCCUCCGGUUCUCGCUACCCCUAGUUUUUCGACUGAAGCCCGACAUGGUGCUGUGUAAUGGCCCCGGGACCUGCGUUCCCCUCUGCGUGGCAGGACUUCUGCUCGGAAUUCUGGGAAUGAAGAAAGUCUUGAUCGUUUACAUUGAAAGUAUCUGCCGGGUGGAGACGCUCUCACUCACCGGCAAGAUUCUAUAUUACUUGUCGGAUUAUUUCUUCGUGCAGUGGUCCAGUUUGAGAGACAGAUACCCCAAAUCCAUAUUCCUGGGUAGAAUAGUGUGAGCAGUAUAUAGAUUUUUUUUUUGCUUUUUAAUAGAUGAUUAUAUCACACAACAUUUGUAUGGUUGAUUUAUUAUACAGAUUCUUUAUCGGUCAAUAAAA